GUCGAACCAGCAGCUGGCCACCGCCAUGAGCGAGGACAAGUUCUUCGAGAUCGAGAUGGUGGUCGGUGACGACGAGGUCGACGAGUACGGCGUCGUCAACAACGCGAUCUACGCCAGCUACCUCCACAGUGGUCGGGACGUGAUGCUUGAGCAGCUGGGCAUCAGCGUGGACUACUGGACAUCCACGGGCAACGCCAUGGCUCUGGCAGAGCUGAACCUCAAGUACUUCGCGCCUCUCAGGAGCGGUGACAUGUUUGUUUGCAAGGUGAAGCCCGUGCUAAUCAAAGGCGUGCGGAUUAUUGUGGAGCACAUGAUCGAGACCCUGCCGGAUCGUAAGCUCGUGUUGGAAGGCCGGGCGACCGCUGUUUGCCUCAGCAAAGACUACCGUCCAACUCGGGUAUUCCCGGAGUUGUCAGCGAGUUUGGUAGAGGCCUUCUCCUGCAAAGUCGCCUAGUAAGAGAUUAGGAGAAUAAUGUUAGGACGGAGGAAAAACUGGAAGAAAGCAGUAUUCUACUCUUGCUUUUGCGAUAUAUCUUAUACUAUGAUAUCAUGGUGUUUAUGGUUCCAUUCGUUUCGCUAAAUUGUGUACCUACAAUG